AUGCCUUCCCGUGACACAAUUGCCAAGUUCCUCGCGAACAAUGAGAAAUACGCAUCUACAUUCCCUGGCACAUUCACCAUGGAGCAAAUGCGUCCCGCCAUGAGAUCGAAAGAUGCCGAACCGACAAUCGUCCUCACCUGUGUCGACCCCCGAUGUGUCCCCGAAGCCUUCUUUGGCCCAGACAUGCAAGCAGCCGUUUACAGGAAUGCCGGCGGCCGGGUAACAGAAGAUGUGGUGCGCUCGAUCAACGUCUUGCGUGCUCUAGUUAACAUGGGGACUGUGCUUGUUGUUCAUCAUACCGAUUGCGGCGUAACCCACGUCACCGACGAGGAAAUCCGUGAAUACGCCAUCUCAAAGAACCCAGCUGCCGCUGAGAUUGUGAACAAGAUUGACUUUAACCUCUGGAGGGAGGAACAUCUCGUGGAGUCUGUCAAGGAGGAUGUCCGCAAGCUUCGCGCGGAGAAGAGUCUUGAUGGUAUUGAGGUCUUUGGGUUUACGCUUGAUACUCAGACUGCUGUUGUGACUGAGGUGGAUGUUUAG